UUACGCUAGCGCAUCUCGAAAUAUUUUUUGUCGUGGCCGAGCCGCGCCUCCUACGAGCGCACCCCCUGGUGAGUGACUGACCCGACCGCUACCCGCUGAGCCCUCCCUCUGGUCCAACGCGCCGCGGAACGCCGCCCGACGCCGACGCCCCGCGCCGUUCGCAGGCUGGACCCGAGGAACUCGCAGCCGCCUUUCUUUUCACUGCGCGGCGCGGCGGAGGUCCCUACGCGACGCGGAGGCGUGACGCGGCGGCGGCAGCGCUACGAUGAACAGCGAAUAUGACUACCUGUUCAAACUGUUGUUAAUCGGCGACUCCGGCGUCGGCAAGUCGUGUCUUUUACUCCGCUUCGCCGACGACACCUACACCGAAUCGUACAUCUCGACGAUCGGCGUCGAUUUCAAGAUCCGCACGAUCGAGCUCGACGGCAAAACGAUCAAGCUGCAGAUCUGGGACACGGCGGGCCAGGAGCGCUUCCGCACGAUCACGUCGUCGUACUACCGCGGCGCCCAUGGUAUUAUCGUGGUCUUCGACGUCACCGAUCAAGAAUCAUUCAACAACGUGAAGCAGUGGCUCCACGAGAUCGAUCGAUACGCCUGCGCGAACGUCAAGAAGCUCCUCGUGGGCAACAAGUGCGACCUCGCGUCGAAGCGGGCCGUGCCGACGGAGCAGGCGGCCGAAUUCGCGGAAUCGUUGGGCGUCGAGUACCUCGAGACGUCGGCGAAGAGCGCCCUCAACGUCGAGAAGGCCUUCACGACGAUGGCGUCGGAGAUCCGCAAGUGGAUGCAGAGCCAGCCGGCGCCGGCCGCGCAGACCAAGGUGAACAUCGGCAAGGGCCAGGCCAUCGGCAAGGAGAGCGGCGGCUGCUGCUGAGCUCGUGUUGACUACUCCCCCGCCUAAGGCGCCUGGCGGUUAGGCAGUUACUAUAGG